ACUAUAAUGACGUAAUAACCCAGAAGACCCACGGAGUUAAAUUUGACAAAUGGAAAUCCCACACGGCAUUGAUCUUUUAUAUUUGUAUAUGAGUCAUAUUCACGUUCACGAGGCGACCUCUGACACGGGAGAUGUUGAUAUUUUGCAUGUUUAGCCCAUGUCAGUUCAGACGUGUGAUAUUGUUUAGGUGGUAUCCUGAAGCGAAUACAGCUGAUAGGUUUACUUAGUAAGGAAUGGAGGAAGCAGAACAUUCGAGGGUCCGCUGGGUAGAGCGUAGGCAACAGCAGGGGAGGAUGGAAUGUGACCAGCUGGACUCGCUGGAGGGGUGGGUGGCUAUCAAGGAGAGUCCAUUCGCAGACCACCUGCUCCCCCCUCGUAUGACAUUCCUUGUGGCAUGGAAUGAUGUAGAGAAAAAGGUGGCUAUAUCGUGUCGACUUCGGAGCCGUGUUGCUAGGGAUACGGAAGACUGUAAGAGUCGGUCUGGAUUGUUUACUUUCCAGGAACUGAAAGGAAUCCAUGAACUUUUCUGUUUAGUCCAUCCUUCAUUAUGUUCCUUUCUUCCGGAACUACCUGAAAUUCCUCAAGGGUUGUGGGCCUACGUGUAUUAUCAGGAAACCCCUGAAAACAUUGACAAGCUCUGUGUCCAGCUAGAAGAGUAUCUUGCUGUCGCCUUGGAAACUUGUAAAGAAAAGCUUCUGAUGUCAACAUUAUUUGAAGAGCAGAAUGCGGACGAUUAUUUCGAAAACAUUAGUGAGUUCCGUCGUCAAGGUUACGACGAGCUUGUGCGAAAUGCUGAAGAAGAGCUGAAGAAUUUACAGUUUGAGCGUCAACAAUGUGUGACAAUGAUAGAGAUGAAGAUGGUUUACGAACUUGAAGAUGAAGCGAUAUUCAAACUUAACAUCCAUCUGGCUGAGCUGUACAACUAUCAACUGCAGCCAUUCCUUGACCUUCGAGAAGCUGCACUCACCAAGGUCAAGGAGGCUCGGAUGCAGCUGCAGAAUGUCAACAUCGGUGAUCGGGUCAAGAGAGAGUACGCUCAGAUGUUCAGUGAAUGGCAAGGACAUUAUGAACAAGCACUGAGCACAAUUCAGGAAAUCUAUAUCAAAUAUUAUGAGAGAACAAGCAAAAUAUAUGCAGAUGUGGUAUCAUCAAUGAACAGUGAUAAAAAGCAGUUUGGAAAAAGUUCCUUUGAUUUGAUUGGAGCUGAAAGACUUUUGAGGGUUCAGGAGGAUUUCUCGCUGGAGAAGCUGCAGCUGUUGCAGAACAGGAGGAAGCAGAUGGUGCAGGAGCGAGACCAGGUGAAGGAACAGAUUGCGAGUGUGGAGGAGUCGCCGCGGGCGCUGCAGCAGGUGGAACGGCUGGAGCGGCAGGUGAUGGAGUGGCAGGAGAAGGUGUUCAGCAUCCAGAUGCAGGUCCUGGAGGAGGAGGAGGCUCUCCUUAUGACGCAGAUGGCUGCAAGGACUCGUCAGAUUGCAGCUGCUGAGCAGGAGCAGGUGUUUUACGACGCGGUGGAGGACGCGAGCCUCAUCGACCCCUCCCUGUACAGCCCCGAGGACAUCAUGGAAGAGACAAUCCACGGAAAGAUUGAUCCCUCCAUACUGCAACUGAAGGCAAAAAGGGCGGACAUACAGAAACGCAGGACAAACCUACGUAGACGGAAGGCAGCAGUGGAGGCCCAGAGGAACAAGAAGUUGAAUCACCAGAAGGAGACAGUGGACAAACUCAAGCACCACCAUGGACCACAGAUGAAACGAGACCAGAGGAAAGAUGAAGAAGACAGAAAGACAGAUUUUAUUCAAGAAGAAAGAAAGAAAACAAUUGAUAGACUCAAAUCCCACAAAGUCAAAUACCCGACACCUGCCACGAUCAAGCCACCACGAUACCAACCACCAAGUCAGAGGAAAGGAUCUUUAUGCGGUAACAAUAUGUCCUCCCUCCAAGUAAGGUCAAAGGGAGGCAACUCCCUCGCCAGUUAUAAAGGCUCUGCUCGACCAACACCCCGUGAGAGGAAGAAAUUUGUGAGGCCCGCGGUUGCCAAGGACACCACUGACUCAGGUGUCACAAUCUUCGUUAAUGGCCAGACUCUAACAGGAUCCAUGUUGGAAGGAGACGAUACAACCAUGUCGGUGCCACCUCCAAGUAGCAAUCCACCUACAAGUGGUCCUCCACCCCCACCACCUGGUGGCCCCCCACCGCCUCCGCCCCCGCCCCCACCCCCACCCCCACCCCUGCUCCCGACAGGUGCCCCUCCCCCACUCGCUGAUGCUGGGUCGCAGGGGUCGUCUCCCUUUGGUAACCUGGAGGAAGCACGGAACAGACUGAAGAAGUCGUCUGCCACGGAGGAGAAUACGUCUGACCAGUCAUCGGGGGGACCCCCCUCAGUGCAGUCCCUUUUGGCUGGCAAGAAUAAGCUAAAGCCUUUGGUGGAGAGACCAGAGACACCACGGUCAGAUCCACUGGGAGACAUAUUUGGCAUGAUCAAGAAGGGCAUUAAGCUUCGGCCGGUGCGGCGUGGGGAGGGGGAGGACAUGCCGUCUCUGGUCAACCGACCCCCAAGUGAAGACCAUCUGCAGAUGCUGAAGAACAGACUAACCAAGAUCAACCAGAUGACCCAUGGCAGUUCGCCGGAGAGAGACGACAGCGAUGACAACAGCUUUGACGACUAACUGCCAAUUGUUUUUUAUGAAUGAUAUUUGUUUUUAAGACAGGUAUUUCAUUGUCACAUCACCAAAAUGAGAAAUUAUUAUUUCAACAUAGACUGGAAUCAUUGUGUCACAAAUGUUAUUGUUUUGUGUUGUCUUGUUUACUUUAAUUGUGAUAGUAAUUUGUAUAUAUCCACAUAAUGCCGGUUUUAGGUACAUGUACCACAGUCAGUUAUUGUUAGAUAUCAUGUAAUGUCGCCUAUUUAUUAUGGUUUUGUCGUGCGUAGUUUCCAAUGUUCUUACAAGCCUUUCAUGUCACUUGAUUUUCCGAAUAUGUAUAUGCCCUAACCAUAUUGUUGUGUUGAAGCAUGGUAUGUAGGAUGGAAGAUGAUAAUGAGCAUUUCUGAGAGAAACGUAUCCCUCCCUCAUCUGUGUUCAGUUGCUGAAAUUUGUCACCAGAUUGCGGUAAAAGAAUAAAUAUUGUUCUGAAGAGCUGGACUGUGUCCCCAGUUAUGAAACGUUGGUCAGUUGAUCCAUAGAUCAUGAAAAAUGAGUAUUGUUUUAUGCCUCUUUUAGCAACUUCCCAGCAAUGUCACGGCGGGGACGCCAAAAUGGGCUUCACACAUUGUACCCAUGUAGGGAAUCGAACCCGGGUCUUCGGCGUGAAAGUGGACGCUUUAACCACCAGGCUACCCCAUCAUCCCUAUUAAAUGAAAAACAAACACCGUGUUAGUUUCUACACUGAAGUGGGGCGGUCAGGUAGCCUUGUGGUUAAAGUGUUCGCUCGUCACGCCGAAGACCCGGGUUCGAAUCCCAACAUGGGUACAAUGUGUGAAGCCAAUUUCUGGUGUCCCCCCCGUGAUAUUGCUGGAAUAUUGCUAAAAGCGGCAUAAAACCAUACUCACACACUCACUACACUGAAGUGUAAGUGGCUUGCUUCACUUAGGUUUUGCAUUACAGAAAGGACUGGGUGGAAGGGAAAGUAAUGUGGUUCAGGGACUGCAAGGCAGACUGAGUUCCGCAAGUUCUUUUUCAUCACUUCACUGUAGAAUUAUUUAAGCAGAGUUUGGACUACUGUACACAUUUAAUAAGCCCCCAAGUUAUGAAGACCACCUGAUGGUUCAACUGGCCAGAACACUGUUGCAUAAACUGCUAAAACAUCUCACUGAUCAACACACAAUAUACCAUAUAAUGUAUUGAAUGUAUUUAUUCUUGAAUAAAUAGUUCAUCAGGUUUCA